AUGUCAGUUUUCCAGAGAGGUGAAUGGGGUAACGGUGGCGAGGGGUUGAAUGAUGUUUGGGGCAACAAUGAUCUGAAUUGGAAAGACCAAGAUCCUGAUUCUCGAACCCCAAUUAAGCAAUUGUUAAGUGAUAGUGAUAGUCGUAUAUCAUCUGUUACAGCAGGACCUGAUAAUCGAACAUUUAAUGCUGAAACCAAUAUUACCAGCUCCCCCAGAGAUGUAGAAAUUACGUAUGAAACUGACAAUUGUAUGAAUAAAUUGGAAGAAAAGGUGGCUGUAUCUGGAGAGAUACCUUUAGAAGAGUCGGUUGCAGUUAAACUAUUGAAGCAAGUGCCUACUGGAAACGAAUCCAAUGAUGACUUUGAAGACGAUUUUGGAGAAUUUGAAGAAAUACAUGAGCAUAGCCUUGAAUUUAACCAAUCUGUAGAGAAAUUGCUGGACAAAUUAUUUAAUCCAACGCAGAUAAUAAGUGAUAACGAAAUAACCGAUAAAUUUUCAUUUCUUGUCUCUGAUGGAACAAAAGCGAUGAAAUACUACAACGUCUUAACUUCAGAAAACAGACAAUAUUUAGCUGGAUCGUUUGAUUUAGUGAAUACAAGGCAAAGGGGGUGUUUUGAAAAAAUGGAAACCAUGAAAGAAAUAUCAGCAGUUGUGGAAAACUGGAUAUUCAAUGAAAAGGGGAUAAAUAAAGAAACCAAUCUCGAAAAAGAAGCUACAAUUCGAAGUAGCAAUUUCUUCAAAUGGUCCACAGACACUGACCACGAGAAAACCAAGAGUCCAGAGCCUGAAAAAGUUGGAGCAGAAAGAAAACAAAUUGGGCAAAAACUACUAAACGCAUCAUACCAGCAAGUCCGAAAUAUAAUAGAGCAACGAUUAGAAGGGGAAAGACGUGAAAGGGCUAUAGUUGAAAGGGCAAAGUUUGAAAGGGAGCAAAAACUCUUAAAAGAAAAGGAGAAGAGAAGUGAAGAAUUAGCAAAGUAUCAUAAUAACGUCGCAAAUAUUGAGAAGAGAAAGAAAGGGUUAUUUGGGAAAAUAUUCAAAGGUAAGAGUAAAAUUGCAAAAGAUCAUAUUUCGCAUGAAAAGGUUGUUAAUGAUGAUAUUGCAAGAGGGGAUGAUCACAUUCACGAGUUGUCUUUGAGGGAAGAAAUGGAGAGGCAAGGCUAUUUGAAGAGUGAAAACAUACCGAAGCACAAAUUCAAAUUUAAAGGAAAGAGAAGAAGGAAAGCCAAUAACGAUGAUGAUGACGAUGAAGAGGAGGAUGACGACGACGACCAAGACAGCGACCAAGAUGAAAGGAAUAGGGGUGAUUAUGGAUACAGCGUGCUUGGAUUUGAUAGUUCUAGUUUACAACAAGCCGGUGGAGAAGUAGAAAAUUCAGGGGAUAGGUUAUCAGUUGAAAGUAAGUCUCAUAUGGAAGAAUACGAAAGUGAAGAGCAUGGAAACACGAAUGGAGAUCAAGGCCAUACUCCUGAUGAUUCUGGAGAAUUUGAAGUGUGUUCCACGGAUUUGAAGCUAACUACGCCAGCUGUUCCUAGUGGUAGUAUGCCUAGUUUGCACAAAGAAGGCGGAGAAGAAGCAUUAGGACCUUCUCAGAAGUGGGGAAGUACUAAAACACCAUGUCCAUUAAAGAGAGGUGACUCAACGGUAAACUUAAUAGAUUUAUAA